CUCAUGAGUUGCGAGGAAGGUUCUUCCUUUUGCGGAAGUUGAGCGGUUGAGUGUUGUUUGUUGUUGUUGCAGUUCUUGCUCAAGUAGAGAAAAAACGUCAAUCACGAUGGAGCUGCUGUUAUUCCGUACCAUGCCAAGAACAAGGCUUCCCAGUUUUUCUGAAAGGUUUUUUCUCGGUAGGGGUUUGGCAGGUGUAAGGUCAUCAAAAAAAGCUGAAUAUGUAUUUCAGUUAUCUUGCUUCAAGUAGGUAACUCCCUCCGGUUCUGUUGUCUGCUGAAAAGAGAAAGAAAUUUUGAACCAAACGCGAACGCUUCUCGGUCAUUUCAUGGCCGAUCCUGGAGCUGCGAGUGCGUGGCUUCAGUUUCGAGUCCGAGUCGGGGAGCAGAUAGACGCCCGCCACUCGAUCAUCCGAAGUCCGAAGCCCAUGAAAUGAUCACUCGCGCCGAGACGCCAGCUUUACUUGGUACAAAUUGAAAGGAGCAAAUUGGAAUUGCGAUCCGGAAAAUAAGUACCGCCUUGAUUUGGUUACAGAAACAGAACAUCCAGUGGCGUUUCCAAAUCGAUAAACCAGCGGUCCAGAUCUUGCCAGAAAAGAUAUUCAGAUUGCUUAUUAAUUUUUCGGAAUCAGGUAAUGGCUAAGUUUGAAUAGUUGCUUUUAGAUCGUUUAUUUUUUUUUCAGAAGUAGAUGACUUUCACAUUUUGUUUUUAAGAUUAGAGUUGCAGAUGACAUGAAAGAUCAAUGGAGAGAAGGAAAUGAGAUUGCGAUGGAUCUUGUAGGGCCUUGAAAUUUGACGCCAUGCCCGGGCAUGGUAAGAAAGAAAGAAAGAAAGAUGUCGAAGAUGCAAACAAGUUGGUUUUGGGGGUCCUGGAUAGAAGAUGAAGAGAGAUCAGGAUCAUGUUGAUCAUUGCCUUGAUAGAUUGUGAUUACCGAGCACGUGGUUUGCGCUGCGUGCAUGGUCCUGCUGAAGGAAAUUUACUUUUAUUUUUUAUUUUUCUCGAUUUGCAUCUCGAAAGUCUAUUCCGCCCUUUGCUGAAAGCCCCAUAUCGAUCUGAUGAAUUGUGAAAACAGGGACCCCCGCACUCAAGAAAGCCACUCACGGUGUGUUUGAUGUGAGGUUAGAAAUAUUGUGAUGUACGUUGAAUAGCAAUAGUCUUUGAAAUUCAAAAGAUCUACAAACUACAAACUCGAAGAUGUGUUUUCCCGCAACAACAACAGCCGAAAGCAUUUUAUAAACUCUACGACCCCCUUGGUUGCCGACCGGAAAAGGCAGGAGAUUCGGGCGCGUUUCAAACAUUUCCCCAACCACCGCGAUAGAAAAUGAACGACACGUGUGAGAAAGUGUACGACGCGGCCCUCUUCGGCUACCGGCUGAAGGCGCUCAAAGACCUCCAGCCCGGCGACCCGAUUCUGACGGAAAAACCAUUGGUUCUCGCAGCUAGUUGGGAAACGAAUUGCGUCGGCUGUGGGACAGAGUUUUUCACCAAAAAUACCAAACAAGGAGAAGAUGACCAGAAAAACCACUCGUGCACAUCAACCGACGCAGCAGACCUAGAACCUUGCGGCUGUUGCCCCGCAAAAUUUUGUUCUGCGGAGUGUUGUUUUGAGAACGAGGACACGACGCACGCGUUUGAGUGUCAGUUUUGGGCGCGGAAAAACGACCAACCGGCGACCCCGGAGGAGGCUUUGCUGAUCCGCAGUAUCGGGAAGCUGAACGAGUCAAAAGAAGCGCGGGAACUUUUUCUCACGCAAGAAGCACACAAUCUGGAUUCGGUGGACAGGUGGACUACUAGUAUCGAGGAAAGUGAAAAGAAGCAGUUGAAAGAGCUAGUGGGACGAAACAAUUUGAACGACAUCUUCGAGGAGGAUGAACAAAUAUCAAAAACCGAUGCUGAAAAACUUCUUCUAGUAUCGCCAUCGUCUUCAGCCCGCCGCCUUUCCGCGGCUAUGUCCGCCGAGCGGUUGGAGUACUUGCAAGAAUUCGUUGCGAAGACGCUAGAGUUCGAGACGAAACAAGUGACGGCACUGGAUGCGAAGGAGAAAUGGCAAAGGCAAUCCGUGUUGGAGGUCGUCCUGGCCGUCUGGGCAAGGCUUCACAUCAACCACUUUUCCAUUUCCGGGCACAGUCGGGUUGCGGACAACUGCGCCGGGGUUUUCGUCAACAUGGCCCUUUUGGAGCACAGUUGCGCGCCGAACUGCGACCGAGUUUUUUUCGGAACGGAAGCAGGUGGACCACAGGGGCGGAUGAACGCUUGUUCAACAUCUGGAACAACUCAACGUGCGGAUGGUGCUCUACUAGUUUCCCAGCAUCAAGAACAUGACUUUGGCGAGGUUCAGGUCCGCGCCAUCCGAGAGAUCAAGAAAGGUGAGUUUUUAAGCCAUUCCUACCUGCCGCCGCUGUGGCCGGUUCUGGACCGGUGGAGGAAGUUGAGGUCGGGGAAAGAGUUCGAAAUGUGUGGCUGUUUUAAAUGCAGCGAGGUGCGACAGCUGCUCUUUCAAUAUCAAGCCUCGACGUUGGAAUUGGCCGGAGGAAUUAUUGGCAAGAACAGCUGCAAUAAGGAAAUAACCCAAACGCAAACGCAAAGCGACGAGAGAAACAAGAGCCAGCUGUUGACUACUUUUUCUACAACUAGUGCCUCGAAUGAUUCUUUCUGCCUGCAGGCUUCCGCCCCUGUUGUGGACCUACUACUCGAAAGCAAGCAGGCUAAACUGCAUAGCUCAAUCUUCAAAAAGCUGCAGCUUUUGCAGGACCAAAUCAAGGAAGUCAGUCAGUCACUCGACGAAAAAAUACACGAAGCUGCUGCAAUGGAUGCGCCGGACGACCAUGGCAAAAUAAGAGGCGACGAAACUUCUACCCCAAAUAAGAUCAGAAACCCAGCUGCUUUAUUCACGGCUGAAAGAAGCACACUCAGCAGGAUCGCGAAGGAGCUCGAGUCCGUGUGGCUGCAGGAGCUGGAUUCGGAACUCGACACGAUCGUGAAGAACAAGAUUCGGCGGCGAGUGGAGUUUAUUGUGAAGGCUGCUCUACUAAAAAACAAGGAUGAAAAGCACAACGACCCGGAGAACUACGGGGCGGCGGCGGCGCUGCCAUCCAAUUUCAGGAAGGUGAUGUUCGAGCAGCUGGCAAAGCAAGAGCAGUACUACCACAGAGUACAGGUGAACCAAAUCAUCCGAAGGGGGUUGAGAUUAGUAAAAGCGCGCUCGUUGGAUGAGGUGGAAAAAAAAGAAGGUACAAAAAGCCGGAAUAAAAAAGAUCAAGACGCAAAGGAUGAGCUUGAAUUUGUGGAUUUCUUGAAACAAGCACAGACCGCUCUGGCCGAACGAAAAAGAAAGGUCGGAGCAGUCAAGAUUGCCGACUUUGCGCGGGUGAUCGCGGACGCGAUCGGGCCGAGCGCUGGAAAAGAUCAAUUACUGCAGCUUAUUUCAUCAACAUCCCCAGCCCAAGUCGCGACGACAGCCACGACCCCCACCGACGCUGCAGACACAAGAACUUGUUCAUCUGCAGGAGAUGACCGUCAAAAACAAAACGAUGCCGUUCCGCUACCCCCGCCCCUGAGCGCGGAAGAAGCCCGAGAACUGCUCCUCUGGACCUCCCUUCGCGACUUGACCAGCGUUUUCCAAGUUACCCUUGCACGACUUAUCGCCGGCUUCCUCAGUUUGCAAAUGAAGACGGAGCCUCGUUUUUUCGAAGACAUUCAACCGCUGGCGACGCGGAAUUAUCGGCCAGCCAGGACGGAAUCAACCUCGGUCAAGAUGAGUUCGCACUUCAACCUUUGCCUCGUGCAGUGGGAAUUGAUAAGCCUUUUGUUGAACGACGGAAGUUCUACUUUCCACGAAGAGUUUGCCCCGAACGUGAUGGGUUUAGACGCGGUCUUACCGUCUCACCACCUACUCCGCGCCCAACUAGCCACCCUGCGCAUUGCGGCAACCGGGUGUUUGUUUGAAAUCUGUGAUGACGAUGAUGAAGAUAGCCAAAAGAAAGACGUGAUCGAUCUGGACAAAGUGCUUAGCCGGAUUGCGCCCUUGCUGGAUGUGCAGCAGCUUGCUAAAAAGAUGGCGAAAGACGUGCAGAAAGUGGGGGACAUCUAUGCGAUUUACAACAUCGAAAAUCCUUGGGCUGAUCAAAUCAUCGACAGUGGCGACGAGGAAGAGGACGACUGUAUGGAUAGCACCUAACAGACUGGUUUUUGAUGUACUUAUGGCUAUGUUUGUACUAGCGCGCUCCGGCUAGUACUUUGGCUCCCCUUCAAAGCUUAUUCUCAUCUACAGUUCGAUCAACAGUCAGAAGACAUGAAUGUAUAGUACAAGAAGUAAAAGUCCGUCCACUCAAUGAAGAUGCGUGAAGUUCUUCGCAGAAAAUCGAAAAAUUUGGGUCAGUGAUGUGAACUCGAAAGUGAAAGCGACUCGUUGACUAGCGACAGCACGACAAGCUCCUGUUUCUUCCUCAUUUAUUGUAACUUUAGCUUCUCCAGAAGCUGCAGGAUGGAUCAUCUAAAGUAUUCAAGUGUCGUCGAUCGAU